AUGUCUGCCAGGAUCCCCGCCAUCGUCUCACAUUUGGUGAGCGAUGAAGCCAAGAGGAUGAUUGACGUGGUUGCCAAGUUUGUCGAGGAAGAAUGCAUCCCAGCCGAUCCCGUCCUGGAAGCCCAAGUCGGCGAGGGCGAUGACCGUUGGGAAAAUCACCCUGCCAUCAUCGAGGAACUCAAGGAAAAGGCCAAGAAGCUCGGCCUCUGGAACAUGUUCCUCCCCAAGGGCCACUACAAGGAGUCGCCCGGCUGGACGAACCUCGAGUACGGCAUCAUGGCCGAGUGGCUGGGCCGCUCGCGCAGUGCCUCCGAGGCGUGCAACUGCGCUGCUCCCGACACGGGCAACAUGGAGGUGCUGGCCAAAUACGGCAACGACGCCCAGAAGCAGCAGUGGCUCAAGCCCCUGAUGGACGGCAAGAUUCGCUCUGCCUUCCUCAUGACGGAGCCGCAGGUUGCUUCAUCGGACGCCACCAACAUUGAGUUGGAUAUCCGGCGCGAGGGCAACGAGUACGUGCUCAAUGGGCAGAAGUGGUGGUCCAGCGGUGCCGGUGACCCCCGUUGCCAGAUUUACAUUGUCAUGGGCAAGACGGAUAAGAACAACAAGGAUCCGUACAGACAGCAGAGUGUUGUGUUGGUGCCUGCUGAUACGCCGGGCAUCAAAAUCAACAGAAUGCUCAAGGUGUAUGGGUAUGAUGAUGCGCCACACGGCCAUGGACACUUGACGUUUACGAAUGUGAGGGUUCCCGUGAGCAGCAUGGUGCUCGGGGAGGGACGUGGAUUUGAGAUUAUUCAGGGCCGUCUGGGACCCGGCAGAAUUCAUCACGCCAUGCGAAGUAUUGGAGCUUCCGAGGUCGCCCUCGACUGGAUGCUGAUGCGCGUCAACGAUGAGCGCAAGAAGCCCUUUGGCAAGCUGCUCCGCGAGCAUGGUGUCAUCCUCGAGUGGAUUGCCAAGUCGCGCAUUGAAAUCGACUCUGCUCGUCUGAUUGUCCUCAAUGCCGCACACAAGAUGGAUCUCCUGGGCCCCAAGAAGGCUCUCAAGGAAAUUGCCCAGGCCAAGGUGCUCAUCCCGCAGACUGCGCUGACCGUCAUCGACCGCGCCAUCCAGUCCUUUGGCGGUGCUGGUGUUUGCCAGGACACCCCCCUUGCCAACAUGUGGGCUGGUAUCCGAACGCUGAGGCUGGCAGAUGGUCCUGACGAGGUGCACUUGCAGCAGAUGGGACGCAACGAGAACAAGCGUGGCAAGGAGACGACGCAGAAGCUUCAGUGGCAGCGGGAGAAGACGGCGGAUCUGAUGAAGAAGUAUGGUACGCAGACGGCUCAGCCUGGUGCUAGGAUUCGUCAUGCCAAGAUUUAG